UCUCACGUGACCUCGUGUUCAACUCGCGUCACCCCCGGCUUGCCUAUUCACGAUCUCUCCCUCCAGGCGCCGCAACUCCAAAAGCGCAAUCAUACAUGUAAUCCCCCGCCAAAAGCCAUGGCCGCCGCUCCGGAGGAGGCCACGGAAGCCACCUCCCUCCCAGCCUCCGAAGCCUCAGAGCUCCUCUCCUCCUUCACCUCCUUCCUCACGCUCUCCAUCCACUCCCUCCUCUACUACCGCUCCCUCUACCCGCAGACGACCUUCCUCACCGCGCGGGCGUACAACCUCCCCGUUCACCAGUCCCGCCACCCCAAGGUCUGCAAAUGGGUUCUCGACGCCGUGUCCGCCGUCAAGGUCCAGCUCACGCGCGCGACCGUUGAGAAGAUCGUCUUCGUCAUCCACGCGCCGGACUCGUUCUCCGUGCUAGAGAGGUGGGUCUUCGACGUGGGUUCCUUCCCGGCUUGGCAGGACCCGUCCGCCGAACCCGCCGUGGAUGAGGACGACAGGCUUGGUGAUGAUGACGGGGUGGAGGCUGAUGAGGAAGAAGAGGAGGAGGAAGAGGAGGAGCAACCAAUCUAUGGUUAUGAUGUGAUCGAGGAAGAAGGGGAGGAGGGUGACGAAGAAGGAGAGAUUGAAUUACCCGACGACGACGUGGAGGAAGAGGAGCUAAUCAAUUGGACUGAUGUCAAUGAGGCGUUGAGGGGCGCCCUCAGGAAUCUCUCGUAUGUGGCUGAGAGGCUGCCCGCCUUACCCAAGGGGUGUACUUUCACACUGGCAGUGGAUAUCCGUAAAGGGACGCCUGCCCCGGCCACGCAUCCCCGCCCAUGGAUAGCAGCACCGCCAAAUCGGCAGAGGCUAAAUCCCGUACUGCAAGAUAAGCAGAAACAAAACCAGCAACAGAAACAGAAGCGUCAAGUCAAAGGUAAGAUCCCGGCACGGCGCACGGAGACCAUGGCUCCCGUCCGCGCCGUCCAGGCGGGGCCCAUGUUCUUCGAAUGCUGGGCGGAGCUGUCAAAGCCCAGACCUCCAUUCUUCAAGAAGCCGGCGAAGCCCGCGGAGAAGAAGCCCGAGGCAGAGAAGCCCGACGCGAAGCCAAAUCCCGCGGGCCCUGUGUCGGAACCCAAGGAACUGCCCUCCAUUCUGAAGAAAACGCCCGGGUCUGGGAAGCGCGUCCAGUUCAAGGACGUGCCCGUCCAGGAGAGCGAGAAAAAGCCAACCCGGAUCUCAAAACCCAGGACAAAGUCAACGUCAAAGUCAAAAUCAAAGUCACAGUCAACGUCAGGGUCAAAAUCAAAAUCACAGUCAACGUCAAAGUCGAAACCAAGGCCGACGCCUGCGCCUGCGCUAAAGGCCUCAUCUACUUCGACUACUCCUGCUGCAUUAUCACACAGGGUCAAGACGGCACCACCACAAGAAAAGCAAACAUAA